GUUUACUGUUUCUUACUAUGUACGACAUGCAGGAAUGAAACACAUGAAGUUAUCAAAUAUUUGGAAUUCUGUGUCCAUCGUUUGCUUAACGAAGACCCUGGUGUGCACAACUUGUUGCUCUCAUUGUAUGCAAAGCAGGAGGAUGAUAGUGCACUUUUGCGUUUCCUACAAUGCAAGUUUGGCAAAGGACAACUAAAUGGCCCUGAGUUCUUCUAUGAUCCCAAAUAUGCACUACGACUUUGCCUCAAGGGAAAACGAAUGCGUGCCUGUGUCCAUAUAUAUAGCAUGAUGUCCAUGCAUGAAGAGGCUGUUGCUCUUGCUUUAAUGGUGGACACAGAGCUUGCCAUGGCAGAAGCUGACAAGGUUGAAGAUGAUGAAGACUUGAGGAAGAAGCUUUGGCUUAUGGUUGCAAAGCAUGUAAUUGAACAGGAGAAAGGAGCUAAAAGGGAGAACAUAAGGAAGGCAAUAGCAUUUCUCAAAGAAACUGACGGCCUUCUAAAAAUAGAGGAUAUUCUACCAUUCUUUCCAGACUUUGCUCUGAUUGAUGAUUUCAAGGAGGCAAUUUGCUCGUCAUUGGAGGAUUACAAUAAGCAGAUCGAACAGCUUAAACAGGAAAUGAAUGAUGCAACACAUGGUGCGGACAAUAUCAGAAAUGAUAUCAGUGCCCUUGCUCAAAGAUAUGCUGUCAUUGAUCGUGAUGAGGAUUGUGGGGUUUGUAGACGGAAAAUCUUAAUCGUUGGGGGGACACGUCAAGUGGCAAGGGGCUAUACUUCUGCAGGACCAAUGGCCCCUUUUUAUGUCUUUCCAUGUGGGCAUGCUUUUCAUGCAGAAUGUCUUAUUGCACAUGUGACCGGGUGUAGCAACCAAGCUCAAGCAGAAUUUGUAUUGGAUUUACAGAAGCAGCUCAGCUUGUUGGGUGGUGAAUCCACAUAUCAUUCCAAUGGUAGUGUUGUUGAGGAACCCAUUGGUAGUAUGAUCCAUGCAGAUAAGAUACGUUCACAAUUGGAUGAUGCCAUAGCCAGUGAAUGCCCAUUUUGUGGUGACCUGAUGAUCCGCGAGAUCUCUUUGCCUUUCAUCAAUCCUGAGGAGGAACAACAGGUUACUUCUUGGGAGAUUAAGCCAUAUAACCUUGGAAGCCAGAGGAGUCUGUCUCUAGUUAUAUGAGAGUCAAAACUGCAUAUUGCAUCUGCCUAUAUAAAUGUGUUGUAUUUUUAUUUUUUUUCUAUUGUUAUUAGUUGUUUAUUUUGUAUAUUGACAAUUUCUCCCCAACCCUACCCCCACAAGAGGUGGGAAUUGUUCCCCGCUCUUCGUAUGAACACCUCAUUGUUGUAGUUGUCAAGGGGAGGGGGGUCAUUCAUCAUACCUUCUGUCAAUAUCAUAUCCACCUUUUCAUCAUUAAUCAUGUUUGAAACACAUUGUGUUUCUUUUA